GAGUUUAUUUUAUUCUUUGGGGCAAUAGUUAAAAAAAAUCCGGAUAGAACGCGGAAUUUUCAAAAUAUUUUCAUAUAUUUAUUGGGUUAUUAUCAAAUUGAAAAAUUAUAUUAAUUAAAUGAUAAAUAAAUCUGAAAGAAAUUAAAGAGUAUUAAACAGUGAACGAUGUCUGGCGAGGUUGAUUUAGCUUCAAAGUUGCAUACAUGGGCAGUGAAGGAGAUGCAUUUCUAUUCACAAGGAGCAUCAACAAGUAGCAAAAUACCAACUGUGGAAGACUUUAAAAUGUUAUGUAAAGGUCCAAAUGCAGCUAUAUGGAAAUGGGUAAUUGCACAUGUGUAUUCUACUGAGACUGUCAGAACAGUGAAAGGAAAUCUUGCUCUGAAAGCAAAAACUUCCAGUCAGUCAUAUAGGGUGAAGUAUGGAGAGAAGGAAAGUCAGUAUGAGCAGACCAAACAUGACUUACUGGCCAAGAGAGCUUCUCUAUCAGGGGAGAUAACUACAACACUGAGAGAUAUUGGCCACUUAGAGCAUGAAAUAGACAGAAUUACCACAGAUAUAUCAGAAACAGGUACAGGAAGUUACAUGAAAACAUUAGAGAGAGAAGAAUAUUACAGUAGGGAAACAGCUGACCAAGAUCCUGACAGUGACUCCGAUACACCAGCCUUAGAAACAGCUUCAUGUAAACAUGUGAGGGAAUGUUGUGAGGAAAUUGGAGGGUUUCUACAGGACACAUUAAAAGGUGCUUUCAGUGGAGAUAAAUCUCAAUUUGCUAAGAGGAAAGAACCAUUAUGGCAGAAGGUAGAACUGGUAUCAGGGACUUUCUCUGCUGACCAAAUACUGACCAGUCUGUUACAUAACACUAGAGAUACAACAGCCACCUUGAAGGCAAUGACCAGUAAAGUGGACAUCAGGAGGGAUGCUCAAAAUCUAAGGUUUAAGUAUGAACCAGGAGGAGAUGUUAAGGAUCUAGCUAAACCACCAUCACUUCUUAGGAGUGUCCAUCAGUUACUACAGGAGAGAACUAAUGAGCAUCUUCAAAGAUUUAUACAGUCACAGAAAUAUACAAAUGAGGCGAGAAAUUUAGAAGAAUCUAUUGUGGCUUUAAAAGGGCAAAUAGAGAAACGAUUGCAGAAACUGUUCUCACAGAAAAAUGCAGAUUUUGCAUUAGCAAGGAAUUUGAUAGAGGCAGAGCUAGAGUUAGAUGGAUACAGGGCAUCUCUUCACUGUCUAAACAGAGAGGGAGAAAGUUUAAAAGAGAUUGUAGAGUCUAGCUUCAGAGAGAGGCAAGAACUUAUAACAAAAUAUCACAGAAUACAAGAGUUCCAGGAACUUACUGAUAAGAAACAGAAUGUUAUACAAGUGUUGGUAAAACAGAAUUUAAACUCUCAGUCCAGACUUGAUUCUCAGAUAGAUGAGAUAGACGAGUAUAUAGAGAGAUCAUUGAUGUCACAUCAGACACAGAUUAGUACAGUAUCUGGCAAGCUACAGGAUUGUAUCACACUAGAAGUGAACGAGUUUGCUAACUUAGCUCUACCAUACCUCAUGUUCUCACAGAUAGAAAAUGCAUUAAAGACAGCAGUAUUAGAUCUAUCUAUACAUCAAACAAGUCCAGCGAAUCUUAAACCUGCAUUGAUGACUGUACUACAAUGCUUAAACUUUCAAAGUUUCCAGGCACCAGAGAUGGUGUUACGACAGUGUUUACAGAUAAAGACAGAUAUAGAGGAGAUUGUAUAUAGACUAGAUAGAGAGAACUGGCAACAACAAUGGAGAACAAAUAAACAAGGAGAGAAAGAUAUAGUGUCUGUGAUAACUGAUUUAUGUGAGACAAUGAAAGUUGAGGAUGAGAAACAAAUGAAGAAAACACAGCCAAUGUUACAACAACAAAUUAACAAGACAGCAAAUGCUCUAUCUAAUUGUUUACAGGCCAAGUCAGCUGCUACUGCCUGGUGGGAACAACCAGGACAGAGUUGCGUCCCUUGGAUCACAGUGGACGGCCAAAAUCUACAAUAUUAUGUUGAUCAGUGGAAAGUCCUAGUUACAAAUUUAAGACAGUUGUUGCUGAAAAAAUAAAGUUGUCUCCCUUCAACUGGAACAAUAGAAAUAAUUUCAUCAUUAGUGAAAUAAGAUUACAUUGCAGGACAUAAUUGGUGCAUAAAGCUAAAGUUAAAGAAACUUUAAACUUACACUUAUAGUUCAAUGAUUAAUAAUGAUAAAUAGUCAUAACUGCAUAUUUUAUUUUCAAAUUUAAAAAUAUAUUUAAUUUACAGUUGGAAUGUAGUAAAGUUAAAUGACUAGAUUUAAUCAUUAAUCUGUUGGAACUAAAAGUGAUAAUCCUUUACCACCAGAGUAAAGCGAGGCCAGCCUGAAGUCACGCCAGGCUCUAUUCUGCUGGUAGCUCAGAAUGUUGGAAACCCUUAAACUUGAAAUGGACUGUUCCAAAUUCAGACUGGGCAUUUCCAUUGGACACAAGUUCAGCAUUUUAAGACUUUUUAGAUUAUGUUCUUACACUAGACUAAGACAUAAAGAAGAUGUUAUUUAUAUAAAUACUGUACAAAAUUAUGUAUGACAAAACAAAUUUUGUUAGUUUUAUUUAAUGUAGAUUAUGUUUUCAGACAAAAUAAAAUGUUAUAAAGGUGUA